CAUUACACGAUAUAGAUCAGAUAUCGCGAUAAAUGGGGUAUAAUCACAUAUAAAACACGGUAUCUAACAAAAACAAUUACUCCAUAGCUAUUUGGACUAGUUAAUAGUGCCACUCCUGAUUAUAAUGAAGUGCUUGUUACUGUUAUCCGUCGCUAUAGCAGCUUGUGCUGCGAGCGUCCUCAGAGACCCUGUGCAGGGUUACGAGGAAGGUGACAGGUACUUCUAUUUCCCGGGAGAUGGCGACGACACCCUUCACCUCGUCGAUGCUGAAGAGCCGGCCGAUGUGGCCUUCAUUGAAGCUUUUACUAGAAACGCAGCAAACAACGGCUAUUGGCUCUUUACCAGAGCCAAUCCAACUACAGCUCAAAUCAUUGAAUUUGGUGAUGUGCAGUCUCUCGCAAGUUCAAACUUUGAUUUUUCAAAAGUGACUGUAUUUCUUGCUCAUGGUUGGAAUGGAAACGGUGGAAACCAAAUGAACAGAGAUCUCACUGAAGCUUUCCUACAGAAUGACGAUGUGAACGUUAUAGUGCUUGACUGGAGGGCUCUCGCGAACAGAUCUUACACGACAGCUAAAGGCGGCACUGCUGGAGUUGGCAGAGGACUAGGACAGUUCGUGAAUUGGCUCGCUUCAUUGGGAUAUUCAUACGAAAAAGUCCAUUUAGUAGGAUUCAGUCUCGGUGGUCAUCUGGUUGGAAAUGCUGGCCGCGAAACCGGAUCUCUCGUUAAAAGAAUUACAGCUUUGGACCCCGCUGGACCUCUAUGGGGUAGAGACAACAACCGCGUGGUGGCAACUGACGGCCAGUACGUCGAGGUCAUGCACACAAACACUGGUUUUCUCGGAUACACUGACCCUUGUGGCGACGCUGACUUCUACCCUAAUGGAGGCUCUGGCAUGCCUGGCUGCUGGCUCAACUCGUGCUCGCACGUGCCUACGAGUACAUGGCCAGCACCGUGAAAUAUGACCACCUUCUCGCCAAUGAAUGUGGCAGCCUCAGGGACGCUACUCGCAAUAGAUGCUCUGGUGAUCUGUACCCUAUGGGUAACAGUGACUUGAACAAGUCAAGGGCCGGUAUAUUCAGAGUGAACACAGGCAGAAGAUACCCCUAUUAGGAAACCAAUAGAGAUUAACAAAA